UCCAACCAUAUUCAGAGACCAAAUAAUGUUGGCGUUACGAAGAACUGACGGAAGGUAAAUUUGUCCUGCAUAAACUGAGUUAUCCUUUUUCAUGGUCCUUGAAAAGCAAAUCAACGUCACUGAUUUUUGACUGGAGUUUUCAGGGCCUGAACACACAGAUGUCUUCAUUAGGUUGUAUAGUCAGCAGUGUGGGCCAAUAUAUGUAGAUAAGAAAUUAAAGGUACAUCCAAGGUGACUCAUGCACCCGGUGUGCUUGUCCAUUCAGAUGGUCAUUUGAAAGUCAAUGUCUAAGCAGCACAGAAGGCUUUUGUGAGCACCUCUACAAUAGAGCUCUUAAACCAGUCCAGCCAGCGGGAAAAGGGGAGACGGAAGAAAAAAAGAUCAGGAAAGAUGAUGACCCCCUUUACCUGAGACUAUAAAAUGACUCCUGAACAUGUUCGGAUGUGAGUCUGAGGUGCUGGAGGACUGUUCAAGAGCCAUGAGGAUCUGCUGAUUUAGCACUGAAGUACAUCAAGGUAAAUCAUGUUGGUUUAUUAUAUUAGAUGACACUUUGCCUUUUAUUUUCUGUCUGAUUGUUUUUUUUAUCUGUCUGCAGCUCCACACAAUGGCCUUACUGGAGGCACUUCUAAUGCUAUUGCCCGUUGCAUGGAGCUGCCCUCCACAGAAAGCAGACUACGUCAUGGUAUCCUGUUUCCCCAACGCUAUCAUCGCUAAUGUCCCAGAAUGCCCUUACGGCUGGGAGAUUGAGCAGUUAUCCCUGGGUGGCGUCUGCUAUACAGGGAUACACAGCUCUGGCUUCUAUCGCUUCAUCAUCCCCGACCUGACCCCAAAAAACCACUCCUACUGUGGAACACAGUCAGAGUACAUGCCCGGCAAAGACCCCAAGUAUGUGUUCUACAACUCCAUAGUGUCCAACGACACUACGCUCACCAUCAGAAACCAACCAGUCAACUACACCUUCAGCUGCAUGUACCGAGCAGCCUACCUGGUCAAUAAUGCAGUCUUUAGUCAAAGUGUUUUUACCAAACCCUCUGCUUCUUCCAGAGUGGCUACAGUUUAUGUGAACAACGGGAGUUUAGGCACUUUUAGAUCACAGUUGUCUAUGAACGUGUUCACGGUGAGUAGGGCCGCACUUCAACUUUUCACCAGUGGAACCCUUGUGAAAUCCACUGCUUUUUUAGAUAGGUGUCUGGAUAAAAAGUUGAACUAUGACCAUAAAAGGAUGGAUGCCAUCUCAGGUAAAACAAAAACUGAUAAACUGUAUAUUUUCCAGAAUUCUAAGUUCCUGUAUGCUAAGGACGCCCCCUAUAUCAUUGACACGUCCGAGAUUGGCUCGGAGGUUUUCAUUGGGGUUGAAGCGAAAGGACUGAGCAGCAGAUUCAAAGUGGUGAUUAACAACUGCUGGGCGACGCCUACGCCUUACUCCACAGACAGGAAGAGGUGGAGUCUAAUCAUUAACAGCUGCCCGUCAGACCACACUGUGACUAUAUUUGAAAACGCCAAGGACAGCCGCUCCAUGUUCAAGUUCAACUCCUUCCGUUUCCAGCGGCUGGAGAAGGUGUCCACUGUGUGGCUGCACUGUGAGGUUCACAUUUGUGACGGAGAGCGGCUUGUCUGUCUGCCGAGUCCGUGCUCUGUGAGGAGUCUGUCAGGAGAAACAGAACCAAGUGGUGGGAUUCUUACUGCUGAGUUCCAAGUUAAAGCAGGAAACGUAGCGGCUAACAAUGGACAUAUGCCAGGCACAUCGCUGUUCAUCCUAUUGGCUGUCCUGAUUAUCCCAGGUUACAAUCUGCUAAAUGAAUUCACAUCAUAGCACACACAUUUAUAUGGUCACGCUGUACAUAAAGACAACAUCCAACAUUGUGAACAGCGACAACCAGGACUCAGGGAGUGUUUGAUCACAUUCCUCCCCUCCAUUAUCAUGUAAUAAUCUUACAGGUGUAAUUGUAAUUGGCACAUUAAUCAAUGCUUCAAAUCAUCAGGUUCACAUGCACAGAGUUCACAGAAAUGAAUUCAAAUAAAUGUAAGACA